AUGAAGUGGAUGGUGGUGGCCUUGGUCUGCCUCCAGCUCUUGGAGGCAUCAGUGGUCAAGGUCAGCCUGAAGAAGGGGAAGUCCAUCCGUGACACCAUGAAGGAGAAGGGCUUACUGAAGGAGUUCCUGAGGACCCACAAGUACGACCCCGCACAGAAGUACCACUUCAAUGACUUCAGUGUGGCCUAUGAGCCCAUGGCCUACAUGGACGCUGCCUACUUUGGUGAGAUCAGCAUUGGGACUCCACCCCAGAACUUCCUGGUCCUUUUUGACACUGGCUCCUCCAACCUGUGGGUACCUUCUGUCUACUGCCAGAGCCAGGCCUGCACCAACCACCCCCGCUUCAACCCCAGCCAGUCCUCCACCUACUCCACCAAUGGGCAGACCUUCUCCCUGCAGUAUGGCAGCGGCAGCCUCACCGGCUUCUUCGGCUAUGACACGCUGACCGUCCAGAGCAUCCAGGUCCCCAACCAGGAGUUCGGCCUAAGUGAGAACGAACCGGGCACCAAUUUUGUCUACGCGCAGUUCGAUGGUAUCAUGGGCAUGGCCUACCCCGCCUUGUCCAUGGGCGGUGCCACCACAGCCUUGCAGGGCAUGCUGCAGGAAGGCGUGCUCACCAGCCCUGUCUUCAGCUUCUACCUUAGCAACCAGCAGGGCUCUGAGGACGGUGGAGCUGUCAUCUUCGGGGGUGUGGACAACAGCCUGUACUCGGGGCAGAUCUACUGGGCCCCUGUCACCCAGGAGCUCUACUGGCAAAUUGGCAUUGAAGAGUUCCUCAUUGGCGGCCAGGCCUCUGGCUGGUGCUCCCAGGGCUGCCAGGCCAUUGUGGACACAGGCACCUCUCUGCUCACCGUGCCCCAGCAGUACAUGAGCACCCUCCUGCAGGCCACGGGGGCCCAGGAGGACGAGUACGGACAGUUUCUUGUGAACUGUGACAACAUCCAGAGCCUGCCCACCUUCACCUUCAUCAUCAAUGGCGUCCAGUUUCCUCUGCCGCCCUCCGCCUACAUCCUCAGUAACAACGGCGCCUGCAUGGUGGGAGUGGAGGCCACCUACCUGCCCUCCCAGAAUGGCCAGCCCCUGUGGAUCCUCGGGGACGUGUUCCUCAGGUCCUACUACUCCGUGUACGACAUGAGCAACAACCGGGUGGGCUUUGCCACCGCUGCCUAGGCCUGUACUGGGAUGCCGGGCGCCCU